AAAUUUUGUUGGAAACACCUAAAUUGAGCCAAAGCGGUUGUUCAGGUGGCGAAACAGAAGAAAGUCUCUUAUCUUCUUUGUAAGAACAACACAAAGAAAGAAGCAUUCACAGUUUGGAGCAACAAUGGUGGCGGGAAUCGCAACCUUGAAGCUUAACCUUUCGGCCUUUUCGUCUUCAAUGUCGAGUUUCACCGCUUCUUCCUCCUCCUCUUCGUUCCCCUCCUUUCUUCCAAUGCGAACCCCUUCUUCUUCUAAACCCCGAUGUUUCAGAAUUUACGCCUUGACCAGCAACGACAUCAAGGUGGGCACCAACCUCGAAGUCGAUGGUGCUCCUUGGCGCGUGAUAGAAUUUCUCCAUGUUAAGCCUGGAAAAGGUGCGGCGUUUGUGAGGACCAAGUUGAAGAACUAUAUCACGGGGAACACGGUGGAGAAAACAUUUAGAGCUGGAAGCUCGAUUGACCAAGCAGAUGUAUACAAGGAAACAAAGCAGUUCACGUAUAAAGAUGGUGCUCAAUUUGUCUUCAUGGACUUGAGUACAUAUGAGGAGUUUCGUCUGGGUGAAAAGGAAAUCGGAGACAGAACAAAGUGGCUAAAAGAAGGAAUGGACUGCAAUUUGCUGUUAUGGAAUGGAAAAGUCAUUGAUGUUGAUCUCCCUAUCACGGUUAAGCUUACUGUAGUUGACGUGGACCCAGGACUUAAGGGUGACACAGCCCAAGGUGGAACAAAACCGGCCACACUCGACACUGGCGCUGUUGUCAAUGUCCCACUUUUUGUAAAUGUCGGUGAUGAAAUAUUAGUUGAUUCAAGAACUGGACAGUACAUGAGCCGCGCAUAAGAUUUCCCAUCAAAUUUUGUAAUUGAAGUCCCGAGAAUUCUCGUUUAUUUUGUUCUUUUUUUUAGGAAAUAAUUUACCAAUGAAGAUGGAUUACGUUUAUUAACCUUAGCAAAUUGGCUGUGUCUUCUAUAACAUUGAGUUAAAAUUGUGUUGUAAUAUGUUUGCGAUAUUGAAGUUCUUACAGUUUAUUCGGCAUGGUUACGGGGCAUAGCGUUCUUACAAAAAUAGCCAGAGAUUAUUAACCUU